AUGGUGUUGCUGGAGAUCGUGAGCGGGCAGCGCAACUUCGAUGUUUCGGAUGACACUGGCCGGAAGAAGUUCUCGGUGUGCGGGUACGAAGAGCUGGAGAAGGGAAACAUCAAGAGACCGUGUGCGGGUACGAAGUGCAUCCAGGAGCAGCCCUCGCUGAGACCGUCGAUGAGGAAGGUUGUUCAGAUGCUGGAAGGGGUUUUGGCCAUAGACAGGCCUCCGGCUCCGAAGGCCGCAGAUGGUGGCUUGGCGGCUGUCACCAGCAGCAGCGCGAACACCAGCAUCACCGUUUUCGCCACGUCAUCUCCGCUUCAGCCUUCAUCGGGCUCAUCGUAUUCGAUUGAAAACUCAUCAUUGGUUUCCAAGAGGAACUUAGUCAUCCCUGGUCGUCCCAGACCAAUCUUCCUCGCACAAUGUUACCGAGACGCGAGCUGUUCGAUCUGA